GUAUAUGGUCGAUAUAAAAAGAAUCGUUUAGGCCAUCGGUCGAGUUCAGAAUUGCCAAAGGCAUUUGCGCCAUUAAAAUCUAUAAGUGUUGACGAUCUUGGGCCUUCGAUUAUGUAUAGAAUUGAAAAUGGAAAGUGUUCGCCAGCAAAUCCGACACAUCUAACUAUGAAAAAAGGUGUCGUUAGUGCUAAGUUCUUAUCAUUAUCCAGUUCCGCAUUAGGUUUAUUUAUGGUGCCUGUACUUAGUCAGUAUCUGUGGGACGCUGCAGUUGAAGAACCUGCUGUUAUGACUUUUGUUAUCGUUUCGAAUGCAAUUUUUAUUGUGCUUUCGUUGACUCCACUUUUACUUCAGUUCCUUGUAAAACGAUUUGUCGUCGAUAUUCGAUACAAUGCUGAUACAAAGGUUUUUACUACAAUCCAUUAUGGCUUCUUUCUAAACAAAAAUGCUCUAAGAUUUCGAAUUGAAGAUCUCAUUGAUGCAAAUGAGGUAAUGAAGAAAUCUAAGGUUCAUUUUCCUCUAGCAACUGCAUUUGUUUAUGGACGUCCUCUUUUAUUGUCAUUGGACGAAAAAUCUUACACAAAUAUUGACAUCUUUAGGAAACUAACAAAAAAUAUUGAUAUACCACCGCAUAGUGAUUAA